AUGUCGCCUGCAAAAGGUCACGCAGCGGGCUCGCUGGUGCUGUCCAUCGUGUCGUGCCUCGUGUACAGCGUCAUGUCUAAUGUGAUGGUGCUGACGAACCGCUAUCUGCUGGGUAAGAAGUACUAUGGCUUCGAUGAAAAGUUCUUCGUGGUGGCUGUGCAGGCUGGUGUGGCCAUUCUAGUACUGGAGCUUGCGAAGAUGCAGAAGCUGAUCUCGUACGACCCAUACGACAGUGCAAUCGCGCGGAAGUGGGCACCGGUGACCUUCUUCUUCGUGGCCAUGCUGUACACGAGCAUGCAGGCGACGGCGGGACUCCCUAUCCACAUUGUCACAGUGUUUAAGAACGUCACCAAUAUCAUUAUUGUCUUUGGCGAGUGGCGUUUCUUCGGCGAGCGUGUAGGCGGCCUCGUGCUCGUGAGUCUCGGCGUUAUGCUCAUGGGUGCCGUCAUGUCCUCGUACAGUGACGUCGGCGGCGGCAAGGCCACGCCCUCCACGAUUUCGGGCUACUUCUGGAUGGUGCUGAACUGCGCGUCGACUGCUGGUUACGUGCUGUACAUGCGCUAUGCCACGUCGCGUUCGUCGCUUAAGAUCUCCAAGUUCGGAAUGGCCUUCUACAACAACCUCAUCUCACUGCCUUUGCUCGCGCCUCCGCUCGUGCUUAAUGGAGAAGCCUUCACGGUCUGGAGUAACCCCCUACUCGGUAACUUUAACUUCACCCUGUUGCUCUUCAUCAGUGGCGUACUCGGUGUCGGUCUCAACCUCGCGUCAUUCUGGUGCGUGUCCGUCACCUCAGCCACAACGUACGCGACUGUGGGUGGGUUGAACAAGAUCCCGACCACUUUCAUUGGUGUAUUGCUCCUCGGUGAGCCGCUAAAGCCUGACACAGCCAUCUACGUCACGUUCGGUAUGGUCGGUGGAAUCCUCUACGGUUAUGCCAAGUUCAAAGAGGGCGAGGCGGCUAAGAAGCAUAAGGCGGCGCAGGAGGCACUCCCACAGACCACGCACGACUCUAAGGCAUAG